AUGACUUCCCAGACUGAAGCCCUUGCCAAAAUCGAAAAUCACGUCCGCACCGACGUCCCCGAAAACAUUAGCUCCCUCAUCUUCACCGCCAUCGACGACCUCAAGCUCACCUUCAACCCCUCCCUCGUCAUCCAGCCCGGCACGCCCUUUCCCGCCUUCACCCUCCCCAACGCCCUCGGCGCCCCCGUCUCCCUCUCCAAUCUCCUCGCCGCCGCCGACCGCGGCGUGCUCGUCACCUUUUACCGCGGUGGGUGGUGCCCCUACUGCAACGUCGCGCUGUCGUUCCUGCAGCGCCGCGCCGACGACUUUCGCGCCCGAGGCGUCACGCUGAUUGCCCUAUCGCCGGAGCUGCCGGACGCGUCGCUGUCGACGGUGGAGAAGCAGGCACUGCGGUUAGAGGUGCUCUCGGACCGCGGCAACGACGUGGCGCGGCAGCUGGGGCUGGUCUGGCGCCAGCCGGAGGCGCUGGGGGAGGUGUCCCGGGCGAUGGGGGUCGACCAGGUGGCUCGCAACGGCGAUGACUCGCGUGAGUUGCCGGUGGCGGCCAACCUGCUGAUAGACAAGGCCGGCGUGGUCAGGAAUGUGCAUGCCGACCCGGACUGGAGCAAGAGGCUGGACCCAAGCACGAUGCUUGAGUGGGCUGAUGCUCUGUAG